AUGCCUUUCAGUAGCUGGAUCAAUUACAUCGGUGACUUUGCGGAAUGGGUUUCGCGCCGGCCGGAGGUACGGAAGAAAGAGGAUGCGCUGCGAUUUGGUAUCCUGGGAGCGGCAAACAUCGCCCCACAAGCAUUGACAAUACCAGCACGAUCUCACGCGGAAGUCAUCGUCGUGGCCGUCGCAGCAAGAGACAAGGAAAGAGCUGAAGCGUAUGCCAAGAGACAUGGAAUCCCUAUUGUUCAUGAGAACUACGACGCACUCAUCAACGACUCAUCCAUAGAUUGCAUAUAUAACCCCCUCCCCAAUGGGUUGCACUAUGAAUGGACGCUCAAAGCUCUCAAAGCGGGCAAGCACGUACUCCUCGAAAAGCCCUCUGUCUCUAACGCAGAAGAAGCAAGGUCUCUUUUCCGCCACCCAGUCCUUCAAUCGCCAAAUGCACCAGUUUUAGUGGAAGCAAGUCAUUAUCGCUUUCAUCCCGCUUGGCAUGUUUUAUUGUCCCUUUUUGACUCGAAAGAUGUUGAAGAAGUGGAUGUAAGGGGCUCGAUUCCCGCAGGCAUAUUUUCUGGCGACGACAUUCGUUUCCAAUACGAUCUUGCGGGCGGCAGUCUGACAGACUUCGGGCACUACACUACUUCUGCAAUGCGUGGCAUAUUCCAGUCUGAGCCUGUUGCUGUAAUGAGCGCGACUCCCCGGCCAAUCUACAAAGGUUUCGACCAGCGCUGUGACGAAGCGUUUGCCGCAACCUACAAAUUCCCAAAUGGAGGCGUAGGCAGAAUGUCAGUAGAUCUGGGUGCAAGAGGUGGAUAUUGGUUUCCUUGGCUAACGAGCAACUGGCCGUGUUUCUGGAGGGAUAUGCCGCCCUGGCUGAGCGUAAGGCUGCGUGAAGAGAAACACGGUAGGCAGAACGGGUUGGAGCACUUCAGUCAGAGGACACUUGUGCUGAAUAACUUCAUGGGUCCGCAUAUCUGGCAUCGGAUUGAUAUCGUCACUACAGCAAUCUGGCGCAACUCUUCCGGCGAGAUAGUCGAGGAGAAGAAGUCGACUAAGUCUAAGAAGGUGUAUACAUGGCCAGACGGAACUGGUGGAGAAAACAGAGGAGAGGACUGGUGGUCAACGUAUCGAUAUCAGUUAGAAGAGUUUGUGAAUAGAGUCAAAGGUCGAGAGGGCAGUGGUGCUUGGAUUGAAUGGGAGGAAUCAAUCAAGCAGAUGGAGUUGAUUGAUCAGACGUACGAGAAAGCUGGCAUGCUGUUGAGACCGACGAGUAAGGUUCUAGAAGAUUGAGGGAAAAUUGAGAUUAUGAUCAGAGAUCGCCGUGUUGAGAAUGCAUAUAGUCUUGGUGCGUUUUGCUUGACGCUUGAGAGAAAGUAGGUACAUAGUGUGUUGCAGACUUGUUUUCCGCAUAUUACUUGAAGAGGU